AUGAAAAAACAUUUACGCUAUGACGAUACCCUCGAUUCAUUUGCCAUUCACGGCUGUGUUGGCGUCAUGGGUGGCCUUAUGACUGGCCUGUUUGCCACAUCAGAUGUAAAUCCGAACAUCAAGAAUGGCGCAUUUUACGGUAAUGGCGAGCUAUUUCUCCAUCAAUUGGUAUCACAGAUUGUAGCCGCAGCGUAUUCAUUUGUGGUGACGAUAAUUCUUUUGUUCUUGCUGAAGAUUACAGUCGGGUUACGUGUAGAUGGAGACAAGGAGGUGAAUGGUAUUGACAUUAGCUACCAUGGCGGUCUCGCAUAUGACUAUAGGGCUCAUGAAAGUACAACAAAGGCGGAGAAAAGGGGAUCUAGCGAGUUUGCACUUAUUGGGGUCCCACCCUUUACACUUUUGUAA